CUGCAGAAAUCCCUCGCUCUCUUUCACUUGCCUCCUUAAUCAGCCCUCAACACUCUCGGCGGGAGCAUCGACGGCCAUCAAUCUUCGGGAGAAUUUGAACGGAAAUAUUCCAAGCCAAGACGUUGAAAUGAUUAACAGGUAGAUUUUUAUUUCCUUUUUAGCUGGAAUAAACUUCGGGGUGAGUCUCUACUAGUUCGUUGGAGUAUAUGGCGGUUUCAGUAUCCAGAAAGCUUUUACGCUCCUUUUAUGGGUCCCUAUAUGCACUUGGCCGCUGUGAUUCUUCAACUAUCACAUGUCGAUCAUUUCGUACUUAUCAUUAUUUGUGUGGCCAUCUUCGUGGGGAUAACGUAUUUUCUUCAGGAUCCUCCUGUCUUUCAAAGGUUGGAUCGCAUAUCCUUGCAAAUAGAUGGCUUUCAACUUCCAUUCUGACUCCUGAAUCGGGUGAAGGAGCAUUUCCCUCUCAUUUAUUGUCUACAAAGCCUGUGGUAACAGCAGAGCGUAGUAUAGGACUUUAUCAGGACCUGGUCAUUCCAGUAACAAAUUUUCAUAAUGAAGAUAAGGGCUUCAUGGUUUUGGCUGGCGAUGUUUUUGAUGUGCCUAUUAGGAAGGAUAUUGUUCAUCGUGUGGUGCGAUGGCAGCUUGCAAAACGGCAACAGGGAACACAUUCAACAAAAACCAUUAGCGAGGUUAGUGGCACUGGGAGAAAGCCUUGGCGGCAGAAGGGUACUGGUCGUGCAAGGCAUGGAACAUUGCGUGGACCCCAGUUUAGGGGUGGUGCUGCUAUGCAUGGCCCUAAGCCACGAAGUCAUGCUUUUAAGCUGAAUAAGAAGGUUCGUCGUCUUGGGCUGAAGAUUGCUUUGACAGCUCGUGCAGCAGAAGGAAAGCUUCUAGUAUUUGAUGACUUGGAGGUUCCAACACAUAAGACCAAGAAUUUGGUGAAUUAUGUUAAGCAAAUGGAGAACACCAAGAAACUUCUGCUGGUGGAUGGCGGCCCCAUAGGUGAAAAGUUGAAGUUGGCUACACAAAAUCUACAUUAUGCAAAUGUACUGCCAUCAAUUGGUUUGAAUGUCUACAGCAUUCUGCUUCAUGACACACUGGUAAUGUCCCGGGAGGCAGUAAACAAGAUUGUUGAGAGGAUGCACACUCCAAUUAACCGUUAAAGCACUUCACUUUACAAGCUACAUUCCAGUUUCAGAUGAGAAUAUGAAUUAUUUUCUCUUUCAUAGAAGAAAUGGAAUUCAGAACAUAUUUGUGCGUUGCUUUUGUCAAAAUAUGGAAAUCCAUUGGUGGAUAGGUUGGUUUUUCUUGUGCAUUGGCCUUGUAUCUUCAGCUGAGAAUUUUGCAGUUGAAAAUUGGCUGCUAUCCUAAAUCACGAUGAAAGGCUGGCAAUUCACUUUCUUCUGCAAGUUUUUUUGAUGUGCCACUGGCCAACAUUAUAAAAAGUUUGUUGCAGUGCAAGUACUUUUGGCUUCUUGAA